AUGGGUUCUCAUAUGGUGUUGGCAGAGAUGGCAGGUUCAGGAGUCGAAAUUUGCCAGCAGUUGUAUGCUCCUUCUAAAAUGCCAGAUCCAGUAUUAUGGACAAAGGAUGGUGGAGAAUUACCAGAUCCUGAAAGAAUGGUUGUCAAUGGUAGGGAGCUAAACAUUAAUGUCCUAAAUAGAACGGACAAUGGUACUUACAGAUGUGAAGCAGAAAACUCUAUUGGCCUAAACAGUGCAGAGUAUGUUCUUAUUAUACAUGAUGUUUCCAACAUUUUGCUUCCCACCACUGUCAUCCCCUCCCUUACCACUGCAACAGUCACAGCCACUGUAGCCUUAACAGGCACAGGCACAUCGGCAACAGCCAUCAACACCCGAGAUCCCAAUACUUUCGCUGGAAAAACUGGACCAGAUCAUGCUCUUAUAGGAGGGAUAGUAGCUGUUGUUGUCUUUGUCACACUAUGUUCUAUAAUUCUCCUUGGUCGAUAUCUGGCAAGACAUAAAGGAACAUAUUUAACAAAUGAAGCUAAGGGAGCUGAAGAUGCACCUGAUGCGGACACAGCCAUUAUCAAUGCAGAAGGCAGCCAAGUUAAUGCAGAAGAGAAGAAAGAAUAUUUCAUAUAGAUGCAGACUUAGAUUCUCUGAACACCACUACUCACAAGGCUGACUCUUGGAGAAAACUGGCUCUCAUAUUUCUGAAUUAAUUUAUCCUGUCUUUUUUCUACCCUUGUUAAAGUGCAUAAUUGCUCUCAGUUGCCAGUUUGUACCAACAAUCAGCCAUGAACAUAAUUUUUUUUUCUUUAAUUACGGUACCAUUCAUAAUGCAGGACAUUUCUUAUUGCCUAAUCAUCAUAUCCAUUGCUCUUUUAACAUACAGUGCUUGAAUAUACAGCCUUAACAAUUUUAAUCAUCAUCUGUUCAUAUUUGGUUUUUCUACAUUUUAAAAAAAGUGUUCCUUUUGUUUCCUUUUCUUUUAUUAUGGUCCUUACCUGUAUUGCAUCAGACCAUUUUCAUAGCAAAUGUUCUUAGGUGAGGACCUAACUGUACUUACAUAAACCAUUACAAGUAAGAUUAGACGUUUACAAAGAAUGUUUUAUAUAUUGUCUGUAAUUCAAAAUCAGCCGAGCAUUGAAACAUUAUGCCCUAAGAAACACUAAUGAAAGCAUUCUACUAUAAUUUCUUGUGUGUUUGCAAAUGGCAGCAAAGGAGUAUGAACAGAACUUUUAUUUAAUGAAAUACUGGUAUUAACAGCAACUUCUGGGUGGUAACCAACACCAUACACUCUUUUCUACACAGAAUCCAAAGUGAUGGAUUAUGUAGCUCCAUUUUGAAAAUGGUUGUCCAGCUCUUUUACUGCUCCUAGAAUCAUAAAGACUUCCAUAUAUAUUUCUAUAAUUUGUAUUCCUUUUAAUUUAUUUGCUUCACGUGGGUCUAUCUGCCUACUCAAAUUGAACAUGUUCAUGGGGCACAACUGCAAGGCAUUUUAAUAUCUGUAUAUAGUGCAUAUAAUAAAUCCAAUUAAACAUUAUUUGAUACAUAUUUAACUUUUGGGGCUGUAGGUAAAUCAGUCACAAGUAAGCAUUUUCUAAUGUCCAUUAUAUCCCUUUAGAUAUAACUUAAAUUAAUAUUCUAAGUAGAUAACAUGUAUUAGUACUUUUUGUCUGUAUGUCCUAGCACUGUUCAGCAGCAAUUUUUUCUAGUUCCAGUUAAUUUCUCUUUGUUAUACAAUGGAAGCACAAUGUUAUAUGGAAAGGUAGUUUUAAGCUAACAACCAGUGCACAGCCUCAGGUUUUGAAUUAUAACCACAUUAAUGAUUAAAGAUUAAGUUACUAAAAUUUUCAAUAUACGUAUAAUUUGGCAGUUCCAGAGCUGCUUAUCAAUGUUGGAUUUGCCAAACCCAAGCAGAAAAUGUUACAACAGCAACAACUCUCUGUGUUUUGUGUAUAUGGUAAAUGACUAAUCCUUUAUAUUAAAUUUCUGUCUAUGC